AUGUAUGUAGUUCAGGCAGACCAAAUUUGCCGAGCUCAAAGCGCACUGAAUCGACUGACUGAAGUAGAGGUGUCCACAAGGAUUCUGACUGCUGCUGCCCAACAUCCAGAUCUUGAUCGAAUAAGGGCAGGUUUUUCUUUUUGUGUUGUAUGUUUGCAAGAUGUUCAGGCAGACCAAAUUUGCCGGGCGCAAAGCGCACUGAAUCGACUGACUGAAGUAGAGGUAUCCACAAGGAUUCUGACUGCUGCUGCCCAACAUCCAGAUCUUGAUCGAAUAAGCUUUAUCACCUCCGCUCUAGAGUGCCGUUUCACAGAAAUGGCACCACUAGAUGAAAUGAGCCAAACGAUCUUGAGAUACAUUCAUUCAACAGGUGGUCAGCACACAAAGAUCAAGGGUAUUAUUGCAGUAUCGCCUAGGAACGCAACAUUGAACUUUGAAAAGUUUAUCGAUGAUGAGAAUCAGAAGCCUUCUUAA